AACUUAAAAACGUAAUUUAAAAAAAAAAUAAAACAAAUAAAAUAAAAAGGAAUUAAAUUCCACACCACAAACUUCGACUUCUGUAACAUCCCCCCAUUUCCAAAAUCAUUCCGUUUCAGCUUCAAUCGAAGACGACGAACUUACAAACAACAAAACGACGACGACGACGAAGAACACUAUCACACCUUACAUUCUCAAUUUCACUGUUGAAGCUCUCCGGAAAAAAAAAAAGUUAUGUCUCGGCCUUCGUCAGCGUCUGCAAUCAGACCUGAAGAUUACGCUCACAGUCCAGUUCACUACGCCGUCGUUUUAGGAGACCACGGCGCACUCACUCGUCUUCUCUCUUCUUUACCCAAGCUAGGAGAUCCAGAGCAGAUCCGAACAGAAUCCGACUCACUGAGUCAAGAACGAGUCGCUGAUCAGAUCUCCGCCUUGCUCGACCGCCGCGACGUUCCUUCACGCGAGACGCCGCUCCAUCUAGCGGUUAGACUCGACGACCUCUUCGCGGCGAGGGCGAUUUCUUCAGCCGGAGGAGAUAUCUCGCUGCAGAACGCUUCCGGUUGGAAUCCGUUACAGGAAGCGUUUUGUCGCCGGAACUCUGAGGUUAUGAAAGUUCUUUUGCGGCAUCACCACCGUUUAGCUUGGUGUAAAUGGCGGCGGAGGUUACCUCGUUUGAUCGCUGUUCUCCGUCGUAUGAGAGAUUUCUACAUGGAGAUCUCUUUUCACUUCGAGAGCUCCGUGAUUCCGUUCGUCGGAAAAAUCGCUCCUUCCGAUACUUACAAGAUCUGGAAACGCGACGGUAACCUCCGCGCUGAUACUACGUUAGCUGGAUUUGACGGUUUGAAAAUUCAGAGAGCCGAUCAAAGCUUUUUGUUCCUUGGUGAUGGUGAUGAGUCCCUAGAUAUUGCUCCUGGAUCUUUGCUUGUACUGAAUCGAGACGAUCGGAAAAUUCUCGACGCUUUUGAAAGUGCCGGAGCUCCGAUUAGUGACUCCGAUAUAGCCGGGUUCUGUUCUCAGUCUAGUUUGUACCGUCCGGGGAUGGAUGUUACUAAAGCAGAGCUCGUCGGGAGAACUAAUUGGCGGCGGCAAGAGAAGAUGGAGAACGUCGGAGAAUGGAAAGCUAGGGUUUAUGAAAUCCAGAAAGUUACGUUUAGUUUCAGAUCUCGGAAAAUUGUUACCGGAGAUGGAAGCGAACAGGUUUUGCCGUUGGAGUUAGACGAAGACGAUGAAGGUUUCUUAGUAGCUGAGAACCCGAGUUUCUUAGCUCCGCCGCAACGGUCACAGAGACGACACAGUAGCUUUGUUAAAGAAGAUAGAGAUUGGAUCUCCGUCGGGAGAAAAAGCGUCGACGUUUAUCCAUCCGCCGCGCCACCACCAAGACCACCACAACCGCCGUCGCAGCAAUCUCAAUCGCCGAGAAGAUCAGUGUCUCAAUUCCAACCACCGAGAAGGUCAAUGGCUCAAAUCCAGCCACCGAGAAGAUCAGUAGCUCAAUUCCAGCCGCCGAGAAGAUCAGUAGCUGUACCUUCAACUGUGUCUCCGGUGAAUCCUCCGCCGUCUCCUCAGAUCAAAGAGAAGGAGUUCGUGAAAAGCUUGCAUCCGUCAGUUUGGUUAACGGAACAGUUUCCGUUAAAAACGGAGGAGCUGCUUCCGUUACUUGACAUUUUAGCUAAUAAAGUGAAAGCCGUCGCUAGAAUGCGUGAUCUUCUCACCACCAAGUUCCCGCCGGGAACUUUUCCAGUCAAGCUGUCGAUUCCGGUGGUCCCUACGGUCAAAGUAGUCAUCACAUUCACCAAGUUCGUCGAGCUUCCGCCGGCUGAGACGUUCUACACGCCGCUCUCUAGCCCAAGGUUUCUCAUCUCAGCCAACUCCGGAGGUGAAGAAGACCAAUCCGAUGAUGAGAAACCGGACGCUCGAAAUUCAAUUUCACGCCCUUCGACGUGGCUGAGACUAGCAAGUGGGAAAGGCUCACAGCGAAGGAUAGAGGAAGAGGAGCAGCAAAUGCCUGACCCGUUCGCUAUACCAAUUGGGUAUAAAUGGACAAGCAUGAGUAGUAGUAAUAAUAACAAGUCAGGUAAUAAUAAUAGUAAAAUGAAGAAAUCAAAGUCUACUAAGAGAUCUAAGUAGUUUACUUUACUACUCCUAUUUUGAGGAAUCGAAAGAUAUAUAAAAUCUAGUGUUCAUUUUUUUUUUUUCGUUGUAGAUAAUCUGAUAUUUUUUAGUGAUAUAGUGAAACUGGUUGUAGUAUUUUUUUUUUUUUUGUUUGUUUACUAUACAUUUUAAAUUCUUUUGAUAUGAUCAAAUCAAAUGCUGUCGUUUUUACUCUUU